GGAACUCGAAGCCAACCAAAUCUGCGACUCCUUUUUUUUUUUCUCUCUCUCUAGAAGCCUCUGUUUUUCUUCUCUCUCUAAAACUUUCUCUCUCUUUCUCAUCUCUGCGAUUUGAUAAUCAUUUCGCUUGAAUUACGCGUCCGAUCUCUCCGAUCAUCACCGAUCUACGUUCAUACUGAUCGGUCUGAUCAGGCAGAGUGAAAACAAAAAAAAAAACAGAAUCAGGAGAAAGAGAGAAUUGAGAAGAAAAGAGAAAUCGCAUGAAUUUGUUUGGAAGUCUGAUCUUUUCAUCGUCGAUAUCGAGCCACUUUACAACUUGUCUUCUUAUCUUCAUCCUUCAUUUUUCUCCUCAGCUUCCUUCUAAUAGUAAUAAUAAUAGUAAUUGUAAUUCUAAUCGUUUGAUUAAUUGAAAAAAAAAUCAUGGAGUCGAGAAAAAACUCUGAUCGUCAAAUCCGUAGAGGUAAUUGCUUUUCAGCUAGUGGAAGGAUGAAGACAAGAUCACCUUCUGUGAUAGUGAUUGGAGGUGGUUUUGGUGGAAUCUCUGCUGCUCGCACUCUUCAAGAUGCUUCCUUUCAGGUUGUGGUACUGGAGUCCCGUGAUAGGAUUGGUGGAAGAGUUCACACUGAUUACUCCUUCGGUUUCCCUGUUGAUCUUGGUGCAUCUUGGCUGCAUGGAGUGUGCAAGGAGAAUCCUCUGGCACCAGUAAUUGGGAGACUCGGAUUGCCCUUGUAUCGUACUAGUGGUGACAAUUCCGUCUUGUAUGAUCAUGAUCUUGAGAGCUAUGCUCUGUUUGAUAUGGAUGGCAAACAAGUUCCUCAAGAGUUGGUAACUGAGGUUGGCGUAACGUUUGAGCAGAUUUUGGAAGAGAUUAAUAAAGUCAGGGAUGAGCAGGAUGCAGACAUGUCAAUCUCUCAGGCUUUCUCAAUUGUGUUUUCAAGGAAACCUGAGUUGAGGUUAGAGGGGCUUGCACACAAUGUACUUCAAUGGUAUUUGUGCCGCAUGGAAGGAUGGUUUGCAGCCGAUGCUGAAACCAUCUCUGCAAAAAAUUGGGACCAGGAGGAGUUGCUACCUGGUGGGCAUGGUCUCAUGGUUAGAGGGUAUCGUCCUGUCAUCAACACCUUAGCCAAAGGGAUUGAUAUUCGACUAGGCCAUAGGGUUACUAAGAUCGUAAGACGAUACAAUGGAGUGAAGGUAACAACAGAAAACGGACAAACAUUUGUUGCUGACGCUGCAGUAAUCGCUGUUCCUCUCGGUGUCUUAAAAUCCGGAACCAUAACAUUCGAACCAAAGCUACCAGAGUGGAAACAAGAAGCCAUCAAAGACCUCGGUGUAGGAAUAGAAAACAAGAUCAUACUCCACUUCGAAAAAGUCUUCUGGCCAAAAGUAGAGUUUCUAGGAGUGGUCGCAGAAACCUCCUACGGCUGCAGCUAUUUUCUAAACCUCCACAAGGCCACAGGACAUCCAGUUCUUGUCUACAUGCCAGCCGGUCAGCUCGCCAAAGACAUUGAGAAAAUGUCUGAUGAAGCAGCUGCGAAUUUCGCCGUCUUGCAACUCCAGAGGAUUCUUCCUGAUGCUCUGCCUCCGGUGCAGUAUCUAGUGUCGAGGUGGGGGUCUGAUGUGAACUCGUUGGGAUCUUAUAGCUAUGAUAUUGUGGGGAAGCCUCAUGAUUUGUAUGAGAGGCUUAGGGUUCCAGUGGAUAACUUAUUCUUUGCUGGUGAAGCGACGAGCUCUAGCUUCCCUGGCUCGGUUCACGGGGCGUAUUCAACUGGUUUGAUGGCGGGUGAGGAUUGUAGGAUGCGUGUGUUGGAGAGGUAUGGUGAGUUGGAUUUGUUUCAGCCUGUGAUGGGUGAAGAAGGACCUGCCUCUGUUCCUCUUCUUAUAUCUCGUCUUUAAAGUUGCUCACCAUUAUCAAAACCAGUCUCUGCAUUAUGUUGUGCUAUAUGUUUCUAUCAAGCUACCAGCUACUAGAAAGAACCUGAAGUGAUUUUGCAUGUCUUGUUGGGAAAACUAUUAGUAUUCUCUAGUGUUGAUCGUAUAAAACUUUAUUAGUGUUUUGUUCAAUAAUGUGAACAUUAUAUCCUGGUGAUAUAUAUUUAUAUAUGACAAUCAUCUUUGAUGGGUGAAAGACCGC